UUCCAUUUCACGCGGUUACCACAGCAGGUAGGGAGGGACGACCGAAAGCAUACAACUCCUCUCUCUCUCUUUUUCAAUUCGGCGUAGAAUAUAUACAUGAAUUGAUUCCUUGCUUGUGCUUGGGCCAUCAGAAGAGGCUUCUCGAACUCCGAUCGUCUCCGACUAUGAAUCUUUACCUUCUAUUCGGAUCCGAAUAAUAUUCCCAGCCCAGCAGAGCAGACUCCAUCCUGCCCUUCUCAAUCCAAGGAAGUGAACGCAGAAGAGAGCAAUGGGGGAUCUAUUCGCAUGGCUGUUGUUCUUCUUCGUCCUCAUUGCUCUUCUUGCCAUUGUUGUUUACCAGCUUAUGUGCUUGGCUGAUUUGGAGUUUGAUUACAUCAACCCAUAUGACUCUGCAUCUCGGAUUAAUAAAACGGUUAUGCCAGAGUUUAUCACCCAAGGAAUCUUGUCCGUGCUCUAUCUAAUAAGUGGGCAUUGGUUUAUGUCACUGUUGAGCGUUCCAUACCUCUACUACAAUGUGAGAUUGUACACGCGAAGGCAGCACUUGAUAGAUGUUACAGAGAUUUUCAACUUGCUUAAUUGGGAAAAGAAGCAACGGCUAUUCAAACUUGGUUAUCUUAUAUUUCUACUAUUUCUCUCUUUGUUUUGGAUGAUUUGGAGCGCGCUGGAGGAGGAUGAGCAUGACUUUUAACCUGCAGUCUCAACCCCUUGAUGAAGUAUUGGACGCCAUGUACUAGUGAAGCUUGCUUAUCAUCAAGUAAAAUGGCAUCAAUGCUGCUGCUGCUGCUUCAUUUCAAGGCUAGGUCUUCUUCUGUGCUUGAAACAAUUUCAGUGUACACAAGAGCGUAGGGUUAGGCUACCACUGCUUCAUUUCUGGGAAGUGUUGUAUGUUUGGGCGUAUUUUUAUUUUUCCCAGUCUAAGUAACUACAUGUAGGUUUCUGGUAUUGUUGGUUUUCUUCAGAUCUUUGUUAUUGCAACUUUGAUCUGAUUCACAUCAUUCCAAACUGCUCUGCUGCAAUCCUUCCUUCCAGCAUUUAUGCGUUGUACUGCUAGUGAUAGUGGUGGUUUUCAUCGUUGUAGUGAAUAUAAAUAUUGCUCAUUGAUUUCAAAUCUUUGCACUCUUUAUUGUAUCCA